AACGGCGUGGGCGCGGGCGAGGAGGCCGAGGGCGCCAGCGACCUCAUGAACGGCGCCUCCCCCCCGACGCGGCAGUCGGAGGCGGUGGCGACGCAGUGAGGCUCCUCCGCCGACCGCCUCACCGACCGACCGACCAACCAACCCACACCUGCACCAGCCCCCAACACCACCUCCACCUCUCCACCUCCUCCACCUCGACCUCCUCCACCUCCAACACCUCCUCCACCCCAACCACAC